UUCUCGACACUUCCGAAGCCGACACUUCCGAAGCUGCCUGGCGGCCCGCGCCGGGUUGGAUUGAUUGCCCACGUGGGAGCGCGCACGCGCCACUCACUCCGGUGGGGGCCCCCGUAGGGAGCGCACGCACCCACCUCCUGCUGCUGCUGCCGCCCUCCCCGCUGGUCCGGGCCCGAGAGAAGGAGCUCUCGCGCUUCCUGCCCGAUGGGCCCUACUUCUGCAGCCGCCGAGAUGGCCGCCCGUCAGCUAGCCUUGCUUAGUGUCUCCGACAAGACAGGACUGUUGGAUUUUGCCAAAAAUCUGAAUUCUCUUGGUUUGACGUUGGUGGCUUCUGGAGGAACCGCAAAAGCUCUUCGAGAUGCUGGUCUCACUGUUAGAGAUGUUUCUGAACUGACAGGAUUCCCAGAAAUGUUAGGAGGACGUGUGAAAACAUUGCAUCCUGCAGUACAUGCUGGAAUCUUGGCUCGUAACUCUCCAGAAGAUCAAGCUGACAUGACCAGACUUGAUUUCAGUCUUAUAAGAGUUGUUGUUUGUAAUCUAUAUCCCUUUGUGAAGACCGUGGCUUCUCCAGAUGUAACGAUAGAGGAAGCUGUUGAACAAAUUGAUAUUGGUGGAGUAACCUUACUUAGAGCUGCUGCAAAAAAUCAUGCUCGAGUGACAGUCGUAUGUGAACCAGGGGAUUAUGAAAUGGUUUCAACUGAAAUGCUCAAUUCUGAUACCAAAGAUACUACUAUGGAGACUAGAAGGCAGCUGGCAUUAAAGGCUUUUACUCAUACUGCUCAGUAUGAUCAAGCAAUAUCAGAUUAUUUCAGGAAGGAAUAUAGUAAAGGAAUAUCUCAGAUUCCUCUAAGAUAUGGAAUGAACCCUCACCAAAGUCCUGCACAGUUAUAUACAGUAAAGCCCAAACUUCCUCUUACAGUUCUGAAUGGAUCCCCUGGGUUUAUAAACCUGUGUGAUGCCUUGAAUGCCUGGCAACUAGUGAAAGAACUCAGAGAAGCUCUUGGCAUUCCAGCAGCUACCUCCUUCAAGCAUGUCAGUCCAGCAGGUGCUGCUGUUGGAAUACCACUCAGUGAGGAAGAGGCUAAAGUUUGCAUGGUUCAUGAUCUCUACAAGAGCCUUACUCCAUUGUCAACUGCAUAUGCAAGAGCAAGAGGAGCUGAUAGAAUGUCAUCAUUUGGAGAUUUUAUUGCUAUAUCUGAUGUUUGUGAUGUCACUACUGCUAAAAUCAUCUCCAGAGAGGUGUCUGAUGGCAUUAUUGCACCUGGAUAUGAAGAAGAGGCCUUGAAAAUCCUCUCCAAAAAGAAAAAUGGGAAUUACUGUGUACUUCAGAUGGACCCUGGUUACAAACCGGAUGAGGAUGAAAUUCGAACUCUUUUUGGAUUACAUCUAAGUCAGAAGAGGAAUAAUGGUGUAAUUGACAAGUCAUUAUUUAACAGUAUUGUUACAAAGCAUAAAGAUUUGCCCGAGUCUGCUGUCAGGGACCUCAUUGUAGCUACAGUUGCUGUCAAGUACACUCAGUCCAAUUCAGUGUGCUAUGCUAAGAAUGGUCAGGUAAUUGGUAUUGGAGCAGGUCAGCAAUCUCGAAUACAUUGUACUCGGCUUGCAGGAGAAAAGGCAAAUAAUUGGUGGCUUAGACAUCACCCCCAAGUGCUUUCAAUGAAAUUUAAAGCUGGAAUAAAGAGAGCAGAAAUCUCUAAUGCUAUUGAUCAAUAUGUGACUGGCACCAUUGGUGAGGAUGAUGAUUUGGUUAAAUGGGAAGCGAUGUUUGAGGAAGUUCCUAAACUUUUAACUGAGGUAGAAAAGAAGGAAUGGAUUGAUUCAUUAAAACAAGUGUGUCUCAGCUCCGAUGCCUUUUUCCCUUUUAGGGAUAAUGUAGACCGAGCUAAGAGGAGUGGUGUAGAGUUUAUUGUGGCUCCCUCCGGUUCAGCUGCUGACCAGAUUGUGAUUGAGGCCUGUGAUGAGCUUGGAAUAACACUCAUUCAUACAAAUCUUCGACUAUUUCAUCAUUGAUUCUGACGCAUACUUUUAUGUAUUAUUUGCAAAAAUGUAUCAUGAAUUAUUGUGGACACUCAUGAUAGUCAUGAAAAAUUUUAAUGGAUAUCUUUUAAAAACAAAUUUUAAUGCUUUAUCUUUUUUGGCGUUUUGAAAAAUUAUAGUAAGAAAGCAUUAUCAAAGAAAUUAAAUCAUGAAUAAGUUUCAUAUCUUUAAUUUCAUCUUUGAGGACUGAGCUGCUGCUGUAUGUGAUCUCUAUUGUAUAUCUUCAUGUAAAAAUAUAUGUUUCAGCUAUUCGGAAAGCCAUCUAUGUAUACUUAUUUGAACACAGUUAAGAAGUAAGCAAAGUAUCAGCAAAGGGGCAUGUUACAAAUUCUGUAUUUUCCCUUCAGGCACUUACUCAGAUUUUAUUUAAUCUUUAUUUUAUAUCCAAAUAGAUUACAUGUUUGUGUUUUCAGACACUAACACAUCUAACAGAUGUGGUCAUUUGAUUUUUAAGGUCCCAGGAAAUUUGAAAAAGCAAAUUAGAAUCAACUAUACCAGAGGUAAGCUUACUCUCCCAUUCAAAAGAAAAAAUUGCCAUUUUGGUAACCUGUCUGUUGAAAUAGUUAUAUCUCCUUGUAUUCUUUUUUCACUCUCCCCCUGUCCUUUUUCAAAGGCAAAGAGAAAAAUGUCACCUAAACUUGCCAUUUGAUAGGGUAUCCAUCACCUGAAGAGUGAUUGUAUAUUCACUCCAAAAUAAAGUGUGAAAACAGUAAUAACUAAAGAGUGAUAUGAUAAUUAGGCAUAUAGAGAAAAAAUGGGCCUCAUUAGGCAGUCCCAGUGCUGCUUCAGACCCAAGUUGACCUUCCUUUGUGAUAGUUUUCAUCUAGCUCUCUUGGGUAAACCCUUUGGGUCCUCUGAAUGGACUUUCUGUAGAGAUAUCUACAAAUGGAUGAUAGCAAUAAGAUGUUUCUGUUUCUGUGCUUUUUAAGACUUGGACACAUUUCUUACUGGCAUAUAUCUAAAUAGUUUGCUUAGAGUACAGACAAAAAGAAGACAACCUGAGAUUUUUCACAAAAUUAGUAAUGAAAUUAACAAUAUUUUAGUUUUGUGUUUUUAAAUGGAGACUUUUGAUUUCAUUGGUGUAGAAAACUCCCAUUGAAGAUUCUGCCAAUGUGGAAUGGCAAUUGUUUUGGAACUUAAGAGUAUUAGAACCUUUCUGAGGUACUGAUAAGUCAAGUGACUUGACCAGGAUCAUGUGCCUACUGUAAUAUUAAGACUUGAAUCAUUGUCUAUCACUUAGAAGCCUUCUCAACAUCUGCUGUGCUGAGAUGUAUUUAAUAAACGCUUUUUCAUGAUUUAUCCUUUUAAAAACAACUUUACCGGUAUGGAAACAAUGCUGAGGUUCUACUGAAGUUGAUUGAUAUCUUUUUUCAAAUUGAUUCAGCUCAAAUGUAUCUUGAAUUAUUGAAUUAUCUUAGCACUCUAUAAACAUUUUCUUUUGAUUCGG